AUGGUCAAUCUUGGCUGCUCAGUGUCUACACUUCGGAUCUCCGGAGUUCAUCCUUUGCUUUGCAUUUCAAGAUGUCUCAAACUGGUGGAGAGCGGCGAUGUUAAGUUUUCUGAUCCUCCUCCUUUUGACUACAUGGGUCGCACUUUCUCUUUGUCACGAUCGUUUAUCGACUCUACUCCUCCCAGGUUCAAUGAUAACAGCAAGAUUAUUGUCGUUGAGGGGAACAUUGGCUCAGGAAAGUCAUAUUUGGCUUCCAAAUUGGCUGAGCACUUUGGCCUUAACUACUUCCCUGACCCAACGGAAGAUGAUAUAUACAUUUUCCGACAGAUUAACCCACCAUUUGAUUUGCGCUGCCACAAUUCACUGCUACCUCUCUCAGCCAAAUACUACACAUGUGAGAUGUUUUGGAACGAGCCAGAUCUCAUAAAUAUGGGAAAGCCCUUUACCAAAGGGAGGGGAUUCGUCACUGACAGGAGUCCGUUUUCUGAUAUCGCCUUUUCUGAUGCCUUUACCCAAGCUGGUCACUUUUCUGAUCUAGCUCAUCGUUGGUUCAAUCAAACUCAUGGCAUCACUAGCAAAUUUCUUUGGAAACCGCAUUUAAUCAUCUACGUCAAAUCGACUAAUGAUCAAAUAAGAGAACGGAUACGGAAGCGCAACUUAGUGAGUCUGACUAAAUUCGACUGA